AUGUUUUUGAAAAUUGUUAUUUUUCUUUUAAUAAACAUUUUUAUUUACACAAAAUGUAAUUCGUAUAUUUUAAAAAAUAAUUACUUUCAAAAUUUGUUUUUUAUAAAUAAUAUAAAUAGUUUAUAUAAUAGCAGAGAAUGCAAAACAUUUCGUAAUAAAAAGUUAGUUUUAAAAUCAAAUAAAAAAAGAAAGAAAGAAAAAAGUUUUAAUAAAUGCUUUCUUUUAAACAAAAAACAUUGUGGUAUUUAUUGGAAAUAUAAAACAAAAAAAUGGAAAAUUUUAAGUAAUUUUGAUAAAAUUUUUAAGGAAUCAUUUAAUGAAGAUGAUAGAUUAAAAAAAAGUGAGCUGAUUUCUAUUUUGGCUUGUAUUUGCACAAACAUAGUUAUUGAAUAUUUAAAAAUAAAAGAAGAAAAAAAAAAUGAAAAUUUUCAGUAUACUUUUGAUUACGAUGUUAUGAACAUAUUAAAAAUGGUUAACUUUGAAUAUGAUGUUAAUGAAGAAAUUAAAAAAAAGAAAAAAAAAAGUUACAAAAAGGAAAAAGCAAAAAAAAACAUUCCUAAUUGUAAAUUAAAUAAAGAAUACUUUAUAAAUAAUGAAGAAGAAGUAUAUAAAGAAUCAGAAGAAUUAAAUAUAAAUAUAGAUAAUAAAAAUUCAAAAGAAGAAAAUGAAGAAUUAGAUAAAUAUAUAAAAAAAAUAGAAAAUAAUACAAUGGAGAUAAGCGAAAUUAAUCAUUAUAUUGACUUAUUUUUUGGAAAAAAUACAUAUAAUAACAUAUUUGUGAAAUUUAAUAUAGAUAUAUAUAAAAUAUACAAUAUACUGAAUUCAGUUUUAUUUGAAAAAUCAAAGGAAAAAGAGAAUGUAAUGCAAUUACAAAAGUUCGUUGAACAAGAAGAAAAUAAACUAUAUAAAAAAAAAAUAAAUGUACGAAAUGUUAAUUCAUUUAACGACUAUUUAGAUAAAUUUAAUUCUUUAGAAGAACAAAAGAAUAUUAAUGAAAUUGAAAAUAUAUUAUAUGAUGAUGAUACUCCAAAGUGUUUUAAAACAUCCAAAAGAAAAAAAAAUUCAGGAUUUAAUAAAAAAUCAAAUUUAAAAAAAAAUAAAAACAAAAUGAAUGGAAGAAAUUUUCAGCAUAUUAUAGCUAAUGAAGAAGAAAAAAAUGAUGAAAAUAAUAGAGAUAAUCAAGAUGAUGAUCAGGAUAACAAUGAUGAAAAUAAUAGAGAUAAUCAAGAUGAUGAUCAGGAUAACAAUGAUGAAAAUAAUAGAGAUAAUCAAGAUAAUUAUCAAGAUUACAAUAAUGAAAAUAAUAGAGAUAAUCAAGAUGAUGAUCAGUAUAACAAUAAUGAAAAUAAUAGAGAUAAUCAAGACAUUAAUUACCAGAAUGGUGAUAAUAAUAGAGAUAAUCAAGAUAAUGAUAAGUAUAACAAUGAUGAAAAUAAUAGAGAUAAUCAAGAUUAUGAUCAGUAUAACAAUAAUGAAAAUAAUAGAGAUAAUCAAGAUUAUGAUCAGUAUAACAAUAAUGAAAAUAAUAGAGAUAAUCAAGACAAUAAUUGCCAAAAUGGUGAUAAUAUAAUUAAUGGAAAUAUCAAUGAAUAUAAAGUAAAUGAAGAAAAUAACAUGUAUGAAAAUUCAAAUCAUAAAAAUGAUAAAAAUAAAAAUUUUUCUAACGAAAAUGAUUAUGAAAAACAUAAAGAUAAUCAUGAAAAUAAAAGAGGAUUUUUAAAUAGCAUUUCAUAUGCUUUAAUCAAAAAAAAUAAUAUAGAAAAUGAUAAUGAUGAAGAAAAAAAGGAAGGAAAAAAUAAUAUAAUAUUAAUAAAAUUUUUUUAUGAAAAUAUAUAUAAAUGUGAAUUUCGUACAGAUAUAGGAGUAAUAGUGUAUGAUUCAGGAAUGCAUAAUUUUAUAGAUGAAAUAAAAAUAAAAGAUGUAAAUAUGGAUAAUAAAUAUUUAAAUAAAGAUAAAAUAAAUAUUGAAGAUUUUGUAAAUAAUAUGAAUUUUGAAAAAUUAUGCUCAUUACCUUAUAAAAAGAGAUUUUAUAAGAAACAAAGUAUAAUUAAAGAAAUAAAUAAUAAAAUUGAUUUCAAUAAUUUACAUGAUGAAUAUUUAAGUAGUUUAUUAUAUAUUUACUUAAAAAUAUGGGGGGAUGAUUUACAUUUUUAUGAAUUAAAAAAGGUAGAUAUAAAAUAUUUUAAUAAAGAAAAAGAUGAAUUAGAAUAUAACAAAAAGGACAAUUUUUUAAUUAAUUAUGAUGAAAAAAAAAAUAUGUUGAUUGACAGUGAUUUAUACAAUCAAAUUAUACAUAAAAAUACAGGAGAGAAGAAAAAAUACUUUUAUAACCUAUUUGAUGAUACAUUUUUAUCUAAUGAUUAUAUUUCCUUUAAUUUAAAAUUAUUUAUCAAUAAUAAAAAGGAAAUUAAUAACUAUGAUACUUUAAUGAAUACAUUGAAAUUGUAUAACUCAAGUUUAAGUAGAAGUAUACAAUAUUAUUUAAGUACAAUAAAUGAACAUAACUUUUCUUUUGUGUCUUCUGAAGAAUUUUUAAAAAAUUAUAUUUAUAAUGAAAAUGAUGAAUUUUUUAAUUUUAAAAAAAUUUUACAUAAAUGUAAAACAGAAAGUAAAUACAUUCAUUUGUUUUUAAACUCAAAAAAGAAAAAAAAAAACAACAAAAAUUUUAAAUUAUUUUGUUUUCAUGAAACCUCUUUUAUGAGCAGAAAUUUUUUUUUUCUGAAGAGAAAAUAUAAUAUAUUUGAAAAUAAAAUAUAUAAUAAAUUUCUUGGUGAUAUUAAAAAUUAUUCUAUAUCUGUAUAUUCAAAGAAAAAAAAAAGAAUUGAAAAUGGCUGUGAAAAUUUUAUAUUUGAUCCUGUUGAUGAGUUAGAAGAAGAAUUAAUAAACUUUGAAGAAAUAAAUAAUAUCUUAGAUUUAAAAGGGGAAAAAAAUGAAAUGAAUACUAAUGAAACAAAACUAAAUGAUAAUACAUUACCAUUAAAAAAUAUAAGUAAAAAAGAAGAGGAGGAAAAUAAUUUAAAUGUAAUUAAUUCAUCGAAAAAUAUUUAUAUAGAAAAAAUGAUAGAAAAACAAAAAAAAACAAAUGAUUUUUUAAAUUUGGUAAAAUUAAAUGAAGAUGUAAAAAAAAAUCUUAAUAUUGUAAAUUAUGAAGAAGCUUUAAAAUAUUUUAAAGAGGAAUUAAAAAAUAAACAAAAACAAAAAGGAAAAACUAGUGAAACUAAUAAUGUUAAUAAUGAAGAUGAAAGAGACAAUGAAAUUAAAGAUAAGGAAAUUGAUAGAUAUAUUAAUUUAAUUUUAGAGAAUAAAAAUAAUAAUAUAAUAAAUAAAGAAAAUGAUGAGAUAAAAGAUGAUAAAUUAAAUAAAGAAAAAGAAAAGGUUGAAGAUUUUUUUAAAAGUAUGGACGUAAAAGUUAAAUUAAGUAAAAAUACUUGUGUAGGUUGUGGUAUUAUGUUUCAGUCAACUUAUAAAGAUAAAUUUGGAUUUUUGAAAAAUCAUAUUUAUGAAAAAGUUGUAAAUAAAGAUGAAGAUUUGGAUAAAAAAAAGUUAUUACAUGAUAUUUAUGAUGAACAUAAAGAAAAUCAAGAUGAUCUAAUAAAUUACAAAAAUAAAUUAAAUGAAUUUUUCAGUUUUAGAGGAGAAAAUAUUAACAAUAUUUUUGAAAAUAAUAAAAAUAGUAAUAAUGACAAAACUAAUAUUAAUGAUAAUAGGGAAAAUGAGAAUAUCCAUUUUUAUGACUUGAAUAAAAAUUCCAUAUUAAAAGAAAGUUAUGAAGAAGAGGAUAAUAAUGAAAAUCCUUAUAUAUGUGAAAGAUGUUUUAAUUUAAAGUAUAAAAACAAAAUAUAUAAUAAUUUAAUAGUUAAUUACACUAAUAAUAAUGAAAUUAGUGCACAUGAUUUCGAAAAGUAUGUUAUAAAUAUUUUUAAAAAAAGAUGCUGUAUUAUAUAUAUUGUUGACAUAUUAGAUUUAUAUGUCUACUCCAAUUUAAAUAAAUUGUAUAAUAUUUAUAAGAAAAUCCACUACGAUAAAGGUAAGGUUGAAGGAUUUUAUUUUUGUGUAAAUAAAAUAGAUCUACUAAAGGACUACAAAGAAUUUACCAUUAAAAACUACAUUUAUAGUUUUCUAAAAAGUAAUAAAAUAAAUGUGUUAUUUAAAAAUAUAUUUUUAGUAAGUGCAAAAACAGGAUACAAUGUAAAAAAAUUAAUAUACACUGUAUACAUGAAUAGUAAGAAAGUUAUUAAAAAAAAAAAAAAGAAUAAUAACAAUGAAAAGCUUAUUAAAAGAAAUGAGACAAACGAAUAUAAUACUAAUGAUUUAAAAGAGGAAGAAAAUGAUUUUGAGAAUCCGAUAGGUUAUGAUGAAGAAAAAGAAAAUUCAAAAGACUUUAUGAAAAAAAACAACAAAAAAAAUUAUGGUGUAAAAAAUUUAAAUAUAUAUAUUGUUGGAAACGCUAAUAGUGGAAAAUCAUCAUUAAUAAAUUAUUUACUAAAAAAUAUUAAAAAAAAAGAAAAAAAUUUCUCAAUUAGCAAUAGUAUUAUACCGGGAACAACCCUAAAAAACAUUCAGAUUAAAUUAAACAAAAAUUUAACUAUUAAUGACACACCAGGAAUAAUUUCUAACAAUUCUAUUUUAUCGCACUUAAAUUUUGAAGAAUUGAAAUAUGUAGUUUGUACUAAACUAAAAAAAAAAAUACCUUCCAUGUAUAUAAAUGAAAAUGAUUACAUUUUUGUUGGUGGUAUUUUAUAUAUUCAUAUUUUAAAUAUUCAAAAAUAUUAUUCAAUUAUUUCUUUUUUUAUUUCUGACAAAAUUCCAGUAAUAAAACGAAAGAAAUUUUCGAAAGAUCCUAAUGUUUUUCUUCGAGAAAAAAUAAAAAGCGGAUUUCUUUAUCCUCCUUUUUCAGUUGAAAGAUUUGACGAAAUUAAUGACUUUAAAAAAUAUUAUUUUAACUUAAAUAAUACUAACAAUGAUAGUGAUAAUAGUAGUUAUGAUAUACAUAUACAGGGUAUGGGCUAUAUUACAUUUUAUUCAUUUCGUAGUAUUGAAUUUAAUUUAUACACAUUAAAAAACGUUGAAGUUGUUUCAAGAAGUUCUUUAUUGCCUUAUCAUAAAAAAUAUGGAAAUUUGGAUUUUUCCAAAAAAAUGUUAUGA